AGUACUGUUAUCUAUCGGAAAAAAUUUUAACUACAAAAUAACCUAAAAUAGUGUAUGAAUGUAAGAAAACAAAUUAAAGUUAUUAUUGAAAUAUGAUUGUUUCCAGAAAAUUUUUAUCUCAUAAGAUAUGGCAAAAAUUAAGUCUUGUCAAAAUAUUGGUUUAUGUAGAUGUUACAUUAUCCUUUCUAGGCAAGGAAGCAAAACUGCUUUCAACUUCGGCACAAACCAAACCUGAACCAUUGAACGAAAAUGACGAUCUUCAAAAACAAACCGAUAAAGAGUCAUCACCUUAUGCAAAUUAUAGAUUUAUUUACCCUGAAUUUUUACCAGAUCCGAAUCCAAUAUAUCGUAACUCUUUGAGAGAAAAAUUAGAACGAAUGGAUAUGUUGGCUAGAAGGGCAGUAUUAAAUAUUCCUGAAUUUUAUGUUGGCUCUAUAUUAGCAGUAACGCAUUCUGAUCAACAUGCACCAGGAAAAAUAAAUAAAUUUGUUGGCAUAUGCAUAUUAAGAGAGGGUUCUGGAUUACGUACUUCAUUUAUUUUAAGAAAUGUUAUAAAUGGAGAAAGUAUAGAAAUAAACUAUAAUUUAUAUGAUCCUACCAUUCAAAAAAUUGAUUGUUUGAGGUUAGAAAAAAGAUUAGAUAAUGAAUUACUUUAUCUUAGAGAUGCACCAUUAGAAUAUAGUACCUUUCCUUCUGAUAUGGAAGCAGAUUUAAAACCUGCAGGAUUUGUUCUCCUGAAUGAAAUGAAAGUCCCACUUAAUUCGCCACCAUGGUUGGAAAAAUGGGAACGUAAAAAUUUAAAAGGAAUUAAAGAUUUAGUUGUUAGUCGAAAGCGUCAAAGGAAAGCAGCAGCUGUUGCUAAACCAUGGGAAAAAUAUGAUUUAAUGAAAACCUAUAGGGAAACUAUUCCAGAAGAAGAACAAGUUGAAAUAUUUGCAGAUGUAUACACGGAACUUCGUCAUUUGGAAGUACAGAAAAACUUAUUAACACGCAAGAAUAUACUAGAUCGACAGAAAAAAGAUAAAGAUAAACCUCUUGUAUAA